AUGGCAGAAGAUUUAGAAAUUUCAAAAGGUAGUAAAGAAGAACAAUAUGAAAAUUUACUUCCACAAAUUGAAGGAUUAUUAACAGGUGAAAAUAAUCAAAUUGCAAAUUUAGCUAAUGUUACAGCAGCAUUAAAGGAACAAUUCAAUUUCUUUUGGGUAGGUUUCUAUCUUGUUGAUACAGAAAAUGAACUCGUUUUAGCUCCAUUUCAAGGUCCAAUUGCUUGUACACGUAUUAGAAAAGGUAGAGGUGUUUGUGGUACUGCUUGGCAACAAGAGAAAACUUUAAUCGUACCUGAUGUUGAAAAGUUCCCAGGUCAUAUUGCAUGUAGUUCACUUUCAAAAUCUGAAAUCGUAUUACCAUUAUAUAAACAAGGAAAUAUCAUUGGUGUUUUAGAUGUUGAUAGUGACAAAUUAAAUAGUUUUGAUGAAAUUGAUGAAAAAUAUUUAACUCAAAUUUUAAAAUUAUUAGAUAAUUAA